AUGCCUUGUCAAUCUGUCAAAGAAGCAAGAAGAACAAAGACUGAUGUUAAGGAAACGUCGUGUAGGCUUUGCCUUAAAAAUAUAACCGAUGAAAAUUUUGAAGUGAUAAACAACAUUAUCAGAGACAUUCUAGAUGUUUUUUUGCUGAAAUUGAAAUUUGAUGAUGAGAGCAAAGAGGUUUUAUGUAACGUUUGCAGAAGAAAGUUAAAUACAGCAUUAGAAUUUAAGUCAACGUGUUUGAAUACCGAUAACACAAUUAUUCAAUAUGUGGAUAGCGGAAAAAUGUUACAGCUCGAAUUAAGAGAAGUGUACACGCAGGAAAAGAAGAGUGAGUUAGUUUGCAUUCAGAAAAUAUGUCGAUUGUGUAUGCUCCCAGUAGAGAGUGAGUUUAGGUGCAUAUGUGAAGAGGAACUUGAAGCUAUUGAGAAAUUGACACCUGAAAUGAAUAUAAAUAUCAUCAAAGGUCCCGUUGUAUGUAAGCCAUGCUGGGAUUCUCUGUGUACUCACGACAGUUUCCUAAAAGAGUGCUCAGAGGUAAAAGAAAAAAUUAAAAGUAUUUUUGAUAAUUCAGCCACAGAAAGUCGGAUAGAUACGUCUCCACUCGAUUUAUUCGUUAAGACUGAAAACUUGGACAAAGAAUUCGAUAUUAACGAGAUGGAAAUGUCCAUCAAAGCUGAAAGUAUCGACAUAAAAUCAGAAGAUGAGGAAAGGAGCGACACGCCACUUCAGACCUCGAUAUUGUACCAUUCGAGGAGAGUGACUGUAAAAAUGAAGAAGAGGAUGGAUGCAAACAUGAGGAUGGAUCAGAAGUGA